AUCUUUUGUACGUAGAUGAGUAUACAUGCCCUACGAAUCCAUAUGCUGGAAAGAGAAGAAGAAAAAUGCAAAUGUCUAACAAGUGAUAGGCGUUUUUUUUUUGUUUGGUUCAAACGUUUGAUUGUUAUUAAAUUAACUGAUUCCUGACCCAAAAAGAACAAUAAGUUUUUUUGCAAGAGUAUUACCAAAACGAUGGCCUUUCUUGGAACAAAGACAAAAAACAUGUUUAUCAAAGUCAAGAAAAAGAACCAGGAUAUCGUUUUUCUCCAUGUGGAACUCUUUGAAUUGAGUUUUUCUAUUGAUUACUUUGAUUAAUCAUCGGAAUAAAAAUUAGAAGGAAAAAAUAACUUCUUUAUUAACUAGGAAUGUCUGCCCAGGUCAGGCCCGAAAUUAAAUUGUUAGAAUAAACAAUAUAAGCCCAUACAUGUGACUAAUAAUGAGUUAACGCAACACAAACACAUUAACGUUUUCUUAAGAAGUUUUUCAGUAUAAAGUUUCGUAAAAUUACUGUGCGUACCGUCAUGAAUUUAUAUUUGCAGUAAGCGAGAGAAUAUAUAUAUAUAUAUAGCUUAUGUAUCCGGUGAAUUUUUCAUAAUUAACUUUUUAUAUCUCCAAUAAUUAAGUUUAUAUUUCCAAAAACUUAUCUUUUGAUAAACCUUAUUGGCCGAUCUGGUCGGCUUCGAGAUGAACGGGUUUAGUGCUAUAAAAUGGACUGAUUACUACAUUGCCUGAUCCGAGUUUGGAAAUAGAAUACCUUCCGACUAAUGAUAGGGGGUGAACCGAUCAUCUGUUACGAUACACCAUGUAAAUCACUUGGGCCGAAACUCAAACCCAAACUGGUCAAGUGAUGAUAAUUUAAUUCAUAGAGAAAAUCAAACUCAUGAUUGAUGUGGAUACACACCAAACCCCAAAGAUUACUACUAAGCUACCACCACUUAAUUCCCAAAAACUUCUUUGUAUAGUAGUGAUCAUAUUAUAUAUAGUAAAUGAUGUUUUCGUGAGAAACUUAUAAUGAACUCCUUUAUAUCUGAAAGUUUCAUGAUAUUGUUUUGUAUGGUAUUGCCGUGUUGGUCAUAUAUAUAUUUGGAAAGUAUGCUGGAAACGUCUUCGACACUUCUUUUUGCGUUACAGAUAAAGGACAUGUGAAUCUCCAACAUUUAAAAGUCGGUAAAGAAAUAUUCAAAUUAUAAUUCUUCUUAGAAACUAUAGCCCUGGACACGUUCUACCCAUAGGGUUAAAAUAAGCUCAUAGAGAUUGUAAUGUUUGUCUAUAUCAAAUAAUUGUUGGAUAAGUCCAAGACAAUAAUGCAGAAUUGUUCUUUAGUUUUUUGCUCAAGGAAACUAUGCGACAUACGACUUAAUACUUUUUCCUCUUUAACCACUUCAAAAGUUAGUAACAAUGUUUAAGUUAACAAGUUAACUAAGCAACUGUCGUCAUCAUUUAGCGUAUAUGAGCGAGAGCUAUGUUGUCGGCUUAUUGUUAAAUGACUUUACUAAGAUGAAAGUCGAUGAGAAAUUCAUUAAAAUUAUACUUGUGUACUUGACUUUCGAAUACUGUAUGUCUCUAAUGACACUGAUUAAACAAAUUUGUAAAACAUAAUUGUCGUCGACUCUCCGCUCAUACGUGUGUAUAUAUGUUUUCUCAGAAGACAUUGUUUAUCUAGACAUCACACAUUUGUUGACAUUUGCAUUUUGCAUUUAUUCUAAGUAAUAUAGAGUGUCAUUUUAAUAAAUUUGAAUUGGCAAGUGUUUCUAAUUAAAAAAUUCAUUUCAUUUUACACACAUAUAUUACCAAAUUUGAACUCGAAUUAUUUUUAUAUAUUUAUGAAUAAUAGAGUGUUUAUUGUCGGCUAAAUUAAAGCUAAAAAUGUAAAACUCUAAACCAAUAAAAUAACUAAUCAUCAUAUAUAUAAUUAAGCUAAUCUUUACAUAAUGUCGGUUAAGCAAGACAAAGUCGGCUCUGACUUUUAUAUAACAAUGUAUAUUAACGUUGAUCGAGCAUCACCUUCUGAUUUAUCAAAUUCACAUCUUUUCACAAAUUAAAACACAUCCUUUACACUCUUUUUUUUAAUAUUCUCCUCGAUCACAUAUACAACAAUGAGCCGAAAAUACUCGGAUCGUCGAUCAUAUUCAUGGUCUGGACAAGCAAGACCAUACAUAUGCGAUUUUUGCGAGAGAGGUUUCUCCAACGCACAAGCUUUAGGAGGGCACAUGAACAUCCACAGAAAAGACAGGGCAAAGCUGCGACAAGCGAACUUAAAAGAAGAUGAUCGUGAAGACUCCACGUGCACCACUUCGAGAAAUCGGCUCGAGCAAGAUCUGAUUGAAUUGCCUUUCUUCGUUGAUACGGUCAGUUCAUCAACAAAACAAGACAAAAAUACAAGUGGAGACUAUUUGAGAGAUGAAGAAGAGAAGAAAAUGAGGAUGCUUCAAAAAGCUUUGUCUCAAAGUGCAGAAGUGAUAGAUCUUGAGCUUCGUCUAGGACUAGAUCCUUAUAAGAAAUCACCAAGUACGUAAUUAUAUAUGUGAUUAUUAUAAUCACCAAGUAUAUAUGUAAUCAUGAAUAGUUAGAAUUUGUUUUGUUCGUUUGAUUAUUUAUUGAUGUGUUAAUAUUACAAUAAAACUAACAUUAUAUACGUAAUAGUUUCUGAUUUUUAUGCGUUUUUAUCAUUAUUAUGUUAUCACAAUGCUUUUUUUUUUGUUAAAGGGUUUGUUAUCAUAUUAUACGAAAUAAACUUACUGAUUAAAUCCAAACCUGAAUUCGUAACUUAGUGAUUCAUAUCAUUAGUUUGUAAUAGUAUCUGAUUUUAUGCGUUUUUAUCACAUUUGCUGCUUUGUCUAAGUUCAUAUUUAUUCGCCUGAAUUCGCAAUAUAGUUUCUAAAUUAAUAGAAAUCAUCAACUUAGUGAUUAAACCCAAAUAAAAUCAAAACCAAUCAGAACAAAUAUAUAAAAAGUAUUUUCUUAUAUAUUUAUAAUUAAUAUAGUGAUUAUUAUGGACUAGGUAUGUUAGUGUUUUAAUACAAAAGUUUACAAUGUCAACGUAAAAUCAUCAUCGCACGACAAUAAUCACAUUACGUUAUCCCUAUAUUUGUCGACUGUUGAGAAGAGUCGGCGGUUCUGACUUUAAAUACUUAAAUCAUUAUCACAUUCACAUUAUAUAUAGUUUUAUAUUGCUAACCACAUUCAGUAUCUAAACAUUACCUUGUGAUCUAUAAAUUUGACAUCUCUUCACAUAUUUAAACACUUUAAUUUUCAUAAUUUGUUUAUAUAUCCUCUUAAUCAUAUUAGAAAUGAAUAGAAAAUACAUGGAUCGUCGAUCAUAUUCAUGGUCUGGACAAGAAAGACUAUACUUAUUCUAUUUCUGCUAGAGAGCUAGCUUCUCAUUACACAAGCUUAAGGAGGGCACAUGAACAUCACAAUUCACAUAUAUAACGUUGCAUUAUAAUAAAUGUAUGUGUGUCCAGGGCGGACCCAGGUAAAGCUUGGGUGUGGCAUGCGCCCCAUGCUGUUUUUUUUUCAAUAAAUAACCUACAAUUUAUGUAAAUGCCCACGUUCUAAAUAUGUUUUACACUAUGUACCCCCAUACUAAUUUAGUUGCUGGAUCCGCCGUGUGUGUGUCAAGUGUAUAUGUGUAUGAGAAGAAAAAUACACACUGAUGCAGAGAGAGCAUGAGUAUGAUGAUGAGAACUAGCUGCGGUGAUUUCAUGGUUUGGUGAAGCAUUAACUACUUAGGGUUUCUUACGAACACAAAAGCGUUUAUAUAGAGACCAACAAUGUGAGUCUAAUUAAGGCGUGAUGUAGCUCUGAAGUUUAAAUGAUCGAUAUUUAUCUACGACAAAUUUAAGAAAAAGGAUGAUUCGAUGUAAAUACUUAGAGUGGAAAAUAUGGAAAUUAGGAACGAGGUAGCAAAAGUUUCUAAAAUUAAAACUUUUGAGAAGCUCUCUAGAUACUAUGGUAGGUAAACACAUGUUAAUAUGUGACUAUUUUAAUUUUCUUUUAAAUAUUAAAAUUUAAUUACGUAAUUAAAAUAUUAGUUUCUUCUUAGUUUUUUUUUGUAAACACACUUGCGUUAAAAUUUCUAACUUAAGUUACGUGGAGCCACUAAAGCCAGUUCAACAAAAAAAGAUCUGUUUUGCUAAUACAUCUGCAUCUACAUUUUUCUCACCGGAGAUACAUUCAAGGGAUGGAGAUAGAUAGGUUAUGCAGGAAAAAGGGUUUUGCCUCAGCCCCCUACGAAAUAUAAAUAUUUUGGGACCCCUAAUUCCUAAAGUUUCAUUGAGGUGUAGCGGUUGCGUGAGGUAUGUAUGGACUCAUGAACGUGAAGUUCGACCAUUCCCUAUUUUAGAUUUGUUUUUUUCUUUAGAAUUAGGCUUCCUAUAAAUAAAAAUAUUAUGUUACAAUACUGUUGUUUUAAAAUUUUCCUUGAGCCCCACUUACCCUAGGUACGCCACUGAGCUUAUGUCAGCCAAACCAGCUAGGGAAGCUUCUGUUUUGAGAGCCUUGAUCAGAAUGUCCGAGUGAUCCGCAUCUGAUUUUUGGUAGUCCAAGUUCUCUACAUUUGAAAAUAUGCAAUUAACUUUUUUUCUAUUUUAAAUGAGUUACAUGACAAUAUUCUUAACGUUUGUAUCUGCAGAGAUCCUAAAAACUUCUCAAAUGAGAACCAAGAACCUUUUUUUCCUCAGUUUUCUUUUUUCAAAUUUUUAUUUGCUAGAUACCUUUUUUACCACUCUUAGAGAUGCUCUAAAGAGGUAACCAAAUAAAUGCUAAUAAUGACCCAGAGAAAUUGGGGCUCACCAACACCAUCUAUAUUGGUUCAUUUUCUCUCUUUUAUGUGAUCCACUUUUCAAAUAUUUUCUGAUUAGUUAUGCUAUUAUAAAUUAUCAUAAUAUAAUGUAGACGAUUUUUCGGUCGAUAAUAUUAUAUGUCUCAUGAUGAUUUGCAUAUGACGGUAUUUUUUACAUCAUGUUAAAAUCUCAUAUAAACAUUUUUACUAAUUUAUUCAUUUAUUCUAAGAUCCGAAAAUCAGAUUUUUUAUCAUUAAUAAAUUCAUAGUUAAUUCUUAAUAAAAAAAGGCUUCAACUAGGGGUGGGAUGGAUCCGGAUAUCUGAAUCCAUGAUUUUAGUAUUCAGAUCCGGAUCACUGUCUUCUAGAUAUCCGUCUAAAUAUUAUAUUACCCGUGAGUAUCCAGAUCC